AUGUGGCUGGAAGCAAGAUCCAAUGCCCGCGGGUCCGUCGAUGGGCCCUCCUCUGCAAACCGGCAUGCCAUCCCAGCCCACCGUGGGGGGGUGCAGGCUGGGGGGCGGCACCCCCUGCGAGGGUCCGGCCCAUCUCCCCAUCACCCGCCUUGCCAAAGCCAUCAGGAGGCGGUCAGGACCCACGAGCCCGUGUCAAUCUUCUCCGGGGGCGCGGGGGCCACGCGGGCAUCUACAACCUCCAUCCACCCCCUGCCCCCGGGGGUUGGGGUGGGGGGGUUUCCCAUCCCGGCCCCGCCCGCCUGGCCCUGCCCCUCGUGA